AUGAAAUUCGCUAUUCUUCUUACCAGUGCCGUGGCUGUUGCUGCGGCACCUCUAUCACGGACGACAGAUGUGCGGCUUAUGACUUACAACAUUCGUCUGGCCCCUAACCACCCCGAGCGAGGCGAGGAACUCUGGCCUGUUCGUCGGCCACGCUUGGUCUCUCAACUAAACUUCGAAACUUCGGGAAGGCCUGAAUCUCUUGUGUGCAUGCAAGAAGCGACAUACCCACAAAUUCAAGAUCUUCAACAAGACCUCGGCGAUGAAUGGGAUUAUUAUGGUGUAGGGCGCAAGGGCGGCAAGAGGGGAGAGUUCUCGCCCAUUUUCUACCGUCCCUCCGUCUGGAACAUGGAGGAUUCCAAGACCUACUGGCUCAGUUCAACACCCCAAAAAGUCGGUUCUCGCGGAUGGGACGCAGCAUUUCCAAGAAUUGUCACGGUCGCACGGUUCCAGCACAUCAGCACUGGAAACCGGUUGGUGUAUAUGUGCACACACUUCGAUCACAAAGGAAAGACGGCUCGCGAAAACUCGGCAAAGCUUAUCUCUGCUACAGCUGAAGAAUGGUCUUCCCUUGGGUUCGAGAACGUGCCUGUUUUUAUCGGCGGCGACCUGAACUCGUCCCCCGACGAGCCAGCUUACAAGCAUCUCGCCAGCGCAAUGAACGACGUAAAGAGCAUCAUCCCACUUGCGAAGCGAUUUGGACAUUCAUCCUACACAUACACAGGAUUUACUGUCAGUCCAUCAGACGAUAUGGAUUUAGAUCAUAUUUUCGUCAAGGACACAAGUGGACUUCAAUUCAAGUCUUUUGCCGUUCUCAACAACUUAUAUGAAGAUGGCGUCUUUAUUUCGGACCAUCGGCCGGUCGUUGUAGACUUACGGCUGAACCAUGGUCUAUUUGAGGGAUUCUUUGUCGAUGAAUGUCGCGUGGAUGUGUUUGAUGCCACUCUCAUCAAGCUGGGACACAAAGAUCUUAUUGCACCACAGCGAAUUAUCUUACUGGAUGCGCCAAACCCCGUUCGGAUGCUUGGAAAACCCACAACUGAUGCGGUCUACACGCCCUGGAGCAUAAUUCAAAUUGUUGAACUUGUUGUCUUCCUACCACUCAACUUCGUCCCUGUCGUUGGCACGCCCGCCUUCAUCAUCAUCACAGGUACCCGGCUUGGAAAGCUCGCCCAUUAUCGAUGGUUCCAACUCAAGGGCUACUCAAAGGUUGAGCAGAAGAAGGCGCUGAGAGACCGCGCUUGGGAGUAUGUCUGGUUCGGCACAGUUGCUAUGAUCCUGGAACUCGUUCCUGUCUUGUCGUUAUUCUUUCUUUUGACAACUACGGCAGGGGCUGCUCAGUGGACGGCAGAAAUUGAAGAUGAGGACAGUACUUCUGAUGAGGAUGGAUAUUAUGGUCAAAAUGGGCACAGCGAGCAGUACGAUCACCAUGAUGCGCCUCCUCCCCCUUACACGGACGACUUGGUUUGA